ACUAAAUAAAUAAAAAGCAUUGUUUCUUUUAGAAUUUUUAAUUCAGUGAAUUUACUAAAAUAAACUUAUUAGACAACACACACAACACUGUGCGCUCACAUUCCUGCACAUCCUUAGCAACUUGCCGCCUGCCACUGACAAUUUCUGCGUGUGACUCAUUGUGCUCAAUAAUUAUUGCCUGUUGUGGCCGUCAUUAGUGUCAAUUUGUCGCCAAAUUUGAUCGAUUGUAUUUAUUUUAGAAAUAAAAAUUUAUUCCUUAAAUUGUGACGUUAUGUCGUGUCAUAUAUAUAAAUAAACAACUUAAAGUUACGGAAAACAUUUCAUUUUUGUUUCUGUAUUAAAUAAAAAAGCUUAAAUAUGAAGACACGCUUGGUUUCUCUAACAUAUCGCGGAUCCGCUUCAGUUGAUCCUCGUUUUUCUGCUGCAAUGCUGCCAUGGACGAUAAAUGACAUCAGAUCGACGGAUAGCUAUACGAAGCUAUCCGUUGGCAUAGAAAAUGGCGUACUGGAGUCAUAUAAUUCGGAUUUUGAACUGCAGUUCAGUCAUCCCUUGAAACAUAUUGUGGGCAUGUGUCGCAUAAUACAUAAACCAAAUAGUAAAAAUGUUGGAAAUGGUUUUCUGCCCAUAAAAUCGAACAAUGGUAACAGCAAUGGUAACUGUAAUCACGCCAGUGGGAAUGGUUGUAAACCAUCUGCUACAACUUUAACCACUUCAACAUCGUAUGGCUCACUCUCGGCAAGUGCUGCGGCAGCAUAUCAAAGUGCAAACGCAUAUACAACUGAUGCGGUCAGCAACGAUGCCACUAAUAAUGCCAAUGCGAAUAAUUUUAUGGAGUUUACUGGUCCACUAACUGGAAUUGUUUACUUGAUGAAAGAUCCACGUGAUCCAUUACUGCAUAUUUAUCUUUUCGAGUGCGAUGCGGUUGAAGAGAUGGCAGAACUUAUGCAUCAAAUGAGAGAUCCCGCACAUACACUAGGUGCUGUUUCUGUUGGUAGUAUACCACAGACUUUAGUAUCCAAUAAUGGAACAAAUGGUGAACUCUCAAUACAGAAAGCACUUAUGAGCAGUGGACUGCAUUCUACACCAGCCACAAAUUUGAAGCUAAUUGAAGCUACACGUAACGCUCAACAUGAUGCUAGUCCUAAUUUGGUCUCAUCAAAAAUGAAAUCAUCCAAAUCAUAUACACAUGGCUUGAGUAGUUCUGCAGGCACGGUUAAUAUACCAACGUCUACAUCGGCACAAAGUAAUUUGUCGUUACUAGCCGAUAUCUCACCUAAUCACACACACUUUUUUGAAGUAAUGUAUGUCGGUAAGAUACGCGUAUCACAUAAACGUGUACCAUUCACUUUCAUUGAUGAUGCUCUGCCAAAGUUUAAAGCUUAUGAUGCACAAAAAACGCGUUUAUUAAAUAUGGCAACAAAUCGCAAAUUGUCAUUAAAUGAAACCGGAAUUACUACGUUAGAUUUGAAACAUGUCACUUUGAAAGAAAACGAUGUUGCAGAAGAAGAUGAGACAGAAGCAGAUGAACCAGAUGACAAGGAGAAGAAUAAAGAAAAUAUUAAAAGUCAAGAUGUAGUAUUACCUAGCUCCGCAGCAAACAGUAGUAGUGAAGAAAAUAGCACUUCAACUGGAAUUCCAAAUAAAGAAAAUAAAUAUCCUAGACGUCUUACACGUGGAUUAAGUCAAGGAGAAAUGACAUUAAAAAAAGAUGUUGCUGGUAAUAAAAAUGUUGAGAACUCCAAUUCCUCCUUGGACACUAAUGAAACACAACAGAACACAAUUAAUUUCAUAACUGAAGAACAACAAACUACUUCAUCAAAAGUGUUAGAGGUACUUAAAUCAGAGAAGGAAAUACUGCAGCAACAAAUUGAACAACAACAACAAAAUCAAAUGCAACAAACUCAACAAUUGCAACAAAACAAUUCCCUCUAUAAUUUACCAAAGCAGCGCGAUCGUGCUGCAUCUAUAGGCGGCAUUCCGACAUUUGUAGAACAAAAUCGCACGAUGGUCUUCCUGGUAGGACGUUCAGAUCUACGUUUAAUUUCUCCUGAUCGUAAGCAAGUGCUACUUUAUAAAGACUUUAAAGAUGUAGCUAGUUGUGCACAAGGACAGAAAAAUGCAGAUCAUUUUGGCAUUAUUUGCCGUGAACCUCAUAAUGAUGGUUACAUAGGCUAUGUUUUUAAAUGUCAAUCCGAUCAUGUUUGUGAUGACAUAGUGGCAGCCAUAUCACAAGCUUUUGUUACAUGUGCAGAACAAAAGAAAAAAGAAGCAACACAAAUAUUCUCCUGUGAACAUUGUCCCAUGUUGUGGUAUCACAAGCUUUGUGCAGAUGUUGAGGGAUUAAGUGAAAAAAAAACUCAAUCUAUGAUAUUUAGACGUAUCGAAACAUUAACAGAUGAAGAACAAGAUAUUAUUUGGGCCAAAUUUUACGGAUCUGAGAAAAUGAAUUCACCUUUGUCUGAGCAGAGCCAGUUUCUUAUGAUGCUAUUGCGUGCACAUUGUGAAUCGAGACAACAACGUCAUGUUCAUGACACCGCUGAAAAUCGUUCAGAAUUUUUAAAUCAAUACUUAGGUGGCAGUACCAUUUUUAUGAAAGCGAAACGUUCCUUGACAAAUUCAUUCGAUCAUUUGCUAAAGCGCAGAACGUCAAAGGAUGAUAUUGGUGUAGCCCAUAAUUCAAAAGACCAUCAUAUACGCGAAAGUUCUGCUGAACCGCAAGUAGGCAGAAGUGGGAAUGAGACACCACCGGAGGGGAUGCGGUCACGCUCAAAUACUAUUGGCAGUACUUUUACUAAACCCUCAGCAGAGCAACUUAAGAGUCCAAUGAUGGAUAUAUUUAUAAAAGUUGGCAAUAGUCCUAAAGAGGCUGAAACGCAUCAAGGUUCAUGGCGACAGGCAAUUUUAAAUAGUGUGGUGACACCAUCAAAAAUGGAUACUAAUGCUCAAGCAGAAUUUAUGUCUCCAAUGCGUGUUCGUCCCAACAAAUAUGGGAAGCGUACUAAGGAGGAGUUACAUGAACUUUGGAAAACUGCUUUUCGUCAAACAAUUUUAUUAUUACGCAUGGAGAAAGAAAAUGCUAUGUUAAUGGCGCGUCAAAAUGAGAACGAAUUAAAACGUAUUAAAUUAGAUUAUGAAGAAAUUGUCCCUUGCGACAAGCAAUUAAUUGAACGAUGGGAAUUGAUCAUUGAAAGAGAUUCCAUGAAAAUUGGUAAUAAGAAGGAUCCAAAAGUACUUGCCCAAGCCAUUAAAAAUGGUGUACCACGUUCAAAACGUGGCGAUGUUUGGACGUUCCUUGCUGAACAGCAUUCCAUGAAUACUGCACCUGUUGAUACAAAGAAAUUUCCUAACUUCAACACACCAUAUCAUAUGUUAUUGAAAAAUCUCACCGAACAUCAACAUGCUAUAUUUAUUGAUUUAGGUCGUACGUUUCCAAAUCAUAAAUUUUACAAAGAUCCUCUGGGAGUAGGUCAACUAUCACUAUUUAACUUGUUAAAAGCUUAUUCUAUAUUAGAUCCCGAAUUAGGCUAUUGUCAAGGUUUGGGUUUUAUUUGUGGAAUCUUACUUCUACAUUGUGAUGAAGCUGAUGCAUUUGAAUUAUUAAAACAUCUCAUGUUCCGGCGUCAGAUGCGUACAAAAUAUCUACCUGAUAUGAAGAAAUUUCAAUUGCAACUUUAUCAAUUGUCCCGUCUAGUCAAAGAUCAUUUACCUGAAUUGUAUGUAUGGUUAGAUCAAAAUGAUGUCUCACCAACUCUUUAUGCAGCUCCAUGGAUUUUAACAGUAUUUAGUUCUCAAUUUCCUCUUGGAUUUGUCGCACGAGUAUUUGACCUUUUGUUUUUGGAGUCCUCUGAAGUUAUAUUUAAAUUUGCAAUUGCUUUGUUAAGCGUUCAUAAAAAUGAAUUGCUAGCUCGCGAUAAUUUUGAAGAAAUAAUGGAUUACCUAAAGACGGUAGUCCCAAAAAUAGACAACAAAACUAUGGAAAAUAUAAUGAAAUUAACUUUCACGCUUGACAUAAGUAAACAACUUGCCGAAUAUAAUGUGGAAUAUAAUGUUUUACAAGAGGAGAUAUCUACUACAAAUCAUCACUUAGAAAUGCUGAACAGAGAGAAAUCACAAAAUCAGCACUUGGAACAACAGCUACAGUUUGCACAGUCUUCUAUAGCACAAUUGGAAAAAACUCGUUCAUCUCAACAAGCUCAAAUUACUUCUUUACAAUCACAAGUGCAAUCUUUAGAACUAACUAUACAAAAUUUAGGACGAUUUGUGGGACAAUUAGCUGAAAGUAAUAUUGAACUUGAUCUGCCAGGUGACGUUAGACGUAUAUUACAGCAAUUGGAUGAUCUUGAACGACAAAGAAAGAAACCUUUGUUUACUGAACGAAAAAUUGGCAAGUCUGUUUCUGUAAACAGUCAUUUGGGGUUUCCACUAAAAGUUUUAGAAGAGUUGAACGAAAAAGACGAACAUGGUUCGCCACAAAAGAAGAAGGAGAAGACACCUUUUUUUGAGAACACGUAUGAACAUUUGCGACAACAGCGAUCUCUCGGUAGUAAUGCAAUGCUCUUAUUGCAAAAUAUUAAUGAUGCCAGUGUCCAUGAAACAACAUCACCUACCAAACAGAAUUCCAUUAAAGCUCAGCAACAACAGCGACCUAAUCGUCUAUUAGAUACUACAUCAAGUCCAAUUGAAAUGCAAACAAAAUUAGAUGAUUUAAAACUACCCGAAAAUGUGGACAAAUUCAUUUCCAGUAUGAAAACUCCGAUAGAAGUAGAUAGUGGCAUUGGUACACCAAUGAGUCCGCCAAGUACAAGUAGUAAUAGUAGUUCAGGCAGCAACAACAGCACAUCAACUGGUCAUAACAAUACUGGUGGCAUAUUUAGUCGAAUGGGUUAUAAAACAACACCAAUAGCACUAUCACCAUUGGCAAAUCGUGCGUUUAUACCUAAUAUCACACCACCAGUUACUGAUGCCAUAAUUAUAAAUACCGAUAUAAAACCAACAGUACCAGAAGUAAUACCAAUAAAAAAUGAUACGAAUCCACUUGAAAUGCAUCCCUUGAGUAUGGUUGGUGAAGUGAAUGUAAAAUUUAAUGGAACAACGCAACUUAAAUCUAUACGACCUGGACAUCACAUGAGACCCAUAGCGCUAAGCUCCAUUAAAACUUCAUCUACCGAAAGUGAUCCAGGCGCUACUCCCACCACUGUUAGUGGUCGAAGCUAACGGUUUCGAUUCAUAGCAAAAUUCUUACGUAGCUUAUAUUGAAUUAAAUAUGAGUUCUACAACUUAAAAAAACAAAGAGUAUUCUGCAUGCAAUUGCUCAUUACAGCGCUUCUUAAGAUAAGCUUAAAUUUUUAAUUACUAUUCCGCCAACAAAAAAUUUUUAAAUAACACUCGGUUUUG